AUGUUUGGCCAGCCAGUCUCACUUAAAUUUAAUGGUCAUUCUAAGCACCAGACUGAAGUAGGGGGCAUCGCUUCUAUUGCUACUAUAACAGUAGUAUUUCUCUUCUUCUCUUCGAAUAUACUCAGCUUUAUUAAUAAAGGCGAAUUGUCAGCAAUAGUUGUGAAUAAUUUCGAGGAAACCCCUGAGAUUAUAUCACUUACUGGUGAAAGAACAUUUGCAGUCGGCUUUGAUAAUAUCACUUAGGCAUAGUACUUCAAUAUUACUUUACAAUAAAUGUAUGAUAGACCUUAAUAUCUACUUAGAACAAUCGAAAAUCAAAUUGUUACAAAUGCAACUCUAAUUCCCAUUGGAAAAUGUUUACCUGAGCAUUUUUAAUUAGCAAAUGGGAAUACUCUCUAAAAUUACUUGAAAGAUCACUUUUUCUGUUUGGAAUAAAAUUAACAAUUAUACUUCGGAUAAAAUCAGUCUAAAAAGUAUGAAGUUCAUUUAAUAAUAUCAAAAUGUUAAAAUAAUUAAUCAGUUUGUAUUCCUGAUCAAUAAUUAGAUGGUUAAGUUUUUAAUGUUUAGUUGAUAUUCCAAAAUCAAGUUGUCAAUCCAAUGGAUGUCUCAGAAUAAUACAUUUAAACCUAUUUAGAUGACACUUACUCAAUCAAAUUCGUACCCAACACAUUAUCAAAAGAGCAGGAACUUCUAAUCACAUAGUAUGAUCUGAAUAAUGACGACAGUCUCAUCUAUUAGAAUGUCCAUAAAAGCUAGGCUUAUGCAGUAGAUUCCAGAGAUUCCAAAUAAAUUGUUAACAUUGACAACGAUGUCUAUGCCUCAUUCAUAUUCAAAAAGAAUAAACUCAAAUACACAGUCAAUAGAUCAUACUAAAAAAUUACUGAUCUACUUGCUCGUUUAGGAGGAUUCCUUAAGAUUUCUUUCUUCAUUUUGGGAUUUGUUAUUCAAAUCUAUAAUAGAUUGUAAUUGUAUCUCAUUUUAGCGAAUAAGAUCUAUGAAUUUUCAUUUGAUUCUGUCAAAGAGAGAGAAUUUCAAGAAAAGUAAUUUGAAGCCUUGAACUCUGCCAUUCAAUCCAAAAUGUCUAAGACCAACAUCCAAAACAUCAAUGAAGAAGGCAGUUAACAAAAAUUGCCAAUCAGUCGAGUAAUGCAGAAAAGCAAUUCUAUCAAAUCAAAAUAGAAUUCAUAUUCUCUUCUCCCCUUCUCCAGUUAGCAUAUACCUGUUUAUAGUAAUGAAACCAAUAAAAAAUAAAUUAUCACUGAGGAGGAAUGCAUCAUUUCAGCAAAUCUCAUUGAUCACCAUAUCCAUUUGGCUAAGAAAUUCAACUGUUUAAGUGGUUUGGAUUAUUUCCAAAAAUAAAUUAAUUAAAUAAUCAAUAGAUCUCAACCUUUAAACUUAACAAUUAGGAUCUUCUUGAAUCAUUUAUGUUGCUCAAAAUUAUUUAAUUCAAACAUAAAUGUAAAAUUAUAUAGAAAAUCUAUGAAAGAAAUUUCUAAUCAUCUUGAUGUCUAUUAUAUUCUAUAGAAAUUAGAAGAAUUAAAUAAACUUAAGACUAUUUUACUUAGUCCUUAAUAACUCUUAGUAUUUAAUUUUACUCCCAAAUAAAUGAUUGCUCCUGAUAAAACUGAAUUAAAAUUCAACAGAAAUUUCUUAGAGGAAAAAGCCAGAAUCAGACAUACUACUCUUUUUAGUGAACCCCAAAAUUCUAUUACUGCUGCAGUUCUUCAACACAAAAAGAGACCCAGUCAAGAAAAUGAGAAUCUAAUUUACUAACGGAUUUAUAAUGCAUAUGAUGAUAUUUUGAAAUAAUAUGAAGGCGAAAGCCCCAAAUAGGAUCAAGAUAUUAAUAAAUAGUUAAUUGAAAAAUUGGGUGCAGAACUCAAAUCAAUCUUUAGAGCAUCCAAAAUGAUAGACUUCCAGUAACUUCAAUCCUCAAAACAACCGAGAAAAGUUAAUAGAAGACAUGCAUAAAUUGAUAACGAAAUUCAAGUAACUAAAAUGAUGUAGUAGUUUUAUUAAUAAUGA